AGUCUCUCUGUCUGCGUCCAUCAGCUUCCUGGUUUAUUCCUGGAUUUCUGCUGGUGCAACAGUUGUUUUAUUGGGCAGUUAGUGGAUCAUUGUUCCUCGGAUUCACUAGACAUUCGUCUAAAUUCUAUCCAGAAAACUCCGUGUCUGUCGAUGCGUGUUGAUAUCCGCUCAUCUUGUGGCUCUUUAGCCUGAAGCUAACUGAAGAAGCCAAGGAAGCUGCGUCUGUAUCCGGAGCGAGUUCAGGUGCUGUGUCGUCCUGCAACACUGUAGAGAACUCUUCAGCCAUGGUGCCAUACCUGCUCCCCUGUAAUGACUAUACUGAGUGAUCAACCGACAGCUGCCUGUCACAUCGGUUCUGCACACAAUCAUCCGUUUGCAAAAAACACGACACUCGAUAUGACCCGAUGCAGCCACGAUGGCUCCGCCUGAUGUCAUCCACCGGGGCUGGAACUGGAUGUUAGAAACACACAUGCGCAAGGUCUACGAAUUAUGUUUAUUGGUUAUAUCGCGUAAAUGUGUGUGUGUUUUUUGAAUAGUUGUCAAAAUAGUCUAUAUUUAACAGUAAAAUCUGGAAAUUAUACGUUUUUACGCACAUGCAUGAGUACGAUCUGGUCUGUCUGCCUGAUGUGGUCCGCUGGAAAUGAUGGUGCUGGAGCAGGAAGUUACCGACGGACCGGUUUACGGUAAACAAGCGUGACUUUGGUUUAUUUCUUUGUCACAGCCAAACUGCACAGACCUAACCCUAACCCUUAAUCUAGACUGUAGAAGUCAACAAAUAUUUUAAUAAGUUAAAAAAAAAAACUCGCCUGUGCAUGAUAUAACCAGGGGCGCAUGCACUUACCAGUAAACGUCAGCUGGUAAAACAUGCGCAAUUUCCGGUUCCAGUCCCGGAAUUUCCCGGCGGACGGCAUCAGGCAGGUGGACCACAUCAGGCAGUGACACGAUGCAAUUUUGCUCGGGUCCUUCAACUUCUGAGGACCCAUCAGCCGGAGCGCCAAUCAACUCGUCUACAUGGCUGCCCUGGCUACCGCCUGCAUAUAAUGUUGUUUUUCCUAUCCUGUGAAUGUUGAGCCUCCAAUAGUUACCAGCUAAUACCAGCAUAAAUAAAAUAACCAACUCAAGUAUCUCACGUGUUGAUAAGGAAAAGGCAUGUCCACUGAACAAAAAUUCUGAAGUUUGAAACUUGAAUGACAUGCAAUAUAAUGAAUGAAUGAACUUAAGUUUCGAUGCAUGUAACAUGCUUCUGCUUUUAUGUUUUUGUUGAGUGUUUGUCUCUGUAAAAUCUUCAGGUGGAUUACAAUGUCCAGACUGAAGAGAUGGAAAGUGUCCUACAACAGAAUCAUGUUGGAGACUGGAGACAGCAGACCAGAUCUCCAACAGCAGCUGAUGAUCGAAGGAGAAGAUACUUCAGAACAGCAGGAGUGCAGCUCCAGUAUGAGUCAAGAGGGACGAGAACAUCCUCUCAUUAAAGAAGAAAAAGAAGAGAUCCAGACCUUCCUCAUUGAUGUGAAGAGUGAAUAUGAUGAGGCUGGAACCAGCAGCUUUGAUCAACAACUGGAAACAGAAGAGAAAGAAAUUGAGAGUCAAGUCAACAGAACCACAGCCUCCCCCCUGUCUCUUGUGAAGAGUGAGGAUGAUGAACUUGGAAUCAGCAGCUUGACACAACAAGUGAAAACAGAAGCUGAUGGAGACAAGUGUGGAGGACCAAACCCAGCCAGCGACUUGGACACAUCUCUUCAUGCUGACCAGCAGAGGUCGCUGUGCUCUGAAUCUGACACUGACGACAGUGAAGACUGGGGAGAAACCAGUAACAAUCAUUCUGCUUCAAACUCUGUUGAGGAUCCAAACAUUUGUGGACAAAAAAGAAAAAAAAAGUCAUUUAAGUGCUCACAUUGCGGUAAAUGUUUCUCUUUUUCUCUUAGCCUCAACCGGCACAUGAGAAAACACACGGGAGAAAAACUUUCUAGGUGCUCUCUGUGUGAUAAAUCUUUUACUACAAAAACUAUAUUGGGCAAUCACAUGAAAAUCCACACAGGAGAGAAACCUUUCAGCUGCACUCACUGUGAUAAAUGUUUCAGAAAUACAACCAAGCUGAAACAACACAUGAGAAUUCACACAGGAGAAAAGCCUUAUAGCUGCACGCACUGUGGUAAAUGCUUUGCUCAGAAAAGUACUUUGAUAGGUCACAUCAGGAUUCACACAGGAGAUAAACCUUUCAGCUGCACUCACUGUGGUAGAGGUUUCGGAAGUACAACCAAGCUGAAACAACACAUCAGAAUUCACACAGGAGAAAAGCCUUAUAGCUGCACUCACUGUGGUAAAUGCUUUGCUCAGAAAAGUACUUUGACAGGUCACAUGAGAAUUCACACCGGAGAAAAACCUUUCAGCUGCUCCCAGUGUGAUAAACAUUUUAGCAGAAGUUCAGACCUGAAAAUGCACAUGAGAAUUCAUACUGGAGAACAACCUUUCAGUUGCUCCCAGUGUGACAAACGUUUUACAUGCAGCAAAACCCUGAAAAUGCACACGCAAAUGCACACUGGAGUAAGGCCUUUCAGCUGCCCAGAGUGCGAUACACAUUGUACCAGCAAUUCAGCCCUGACAGUGCACAUGAGAAUUCACACAGGAGAAAAACCUUUCAACUGCUCCCAAUGUGAGAAACAUUUUCGUAGAAGUUCCUCCUUGAAAAUGCACAUGAUAACGCAUUCUGGAGAAAAAACUUUCAGCUGUUCCCAGUGUGAUAAACGUUUUACACACAGCAAAACCCUGGAAAUGCACAUGCUGAUGCACACCGGAGAAAAACCUUUCAGCUGCUCCCUGUGUGACAAACGUUUUAUAUCCAGCAAGACCCUGAAAAAGCACAUGCGAUUGCACACUGGAGAAAGGCCUUUCAGCUGCCCCCAGUGUGAUAAACAUUAUACAGGCCGUUCGGCCCUGAAAUUGCACAUGAGAGUUCAUACUUGUGAAAAGCCUUUUAGAUGCUCCCAGUGUGAGCAAUGUUUCAUAGAGGUUGGGAAACUGACAAGACACAUGAGAAUUCACUCCGGAGAAAAACCUUUCAGCUGCCCCCAGUGUGAAAAAAGUUUUAAUAGAAGGUGUGGCUUGAAAAGGCACAUGACAAUUCAUACUCGAGAUAAAGCUUUCUGUUGCCCAUAGUGUGACAGAAGUUUUACAGUUAUUGAAACUCUCAAGGCUUACGUCAUACCACACUGGUGAGAAACCGUUGAUUAUAAAGUUUGGCAUCGAAAUGGAACCUGAAUGAACAAGUUCCAUUUCGAACUCAUGCAAAUGUAACAAACCAUCUGCUCAGUGUGUAAAAGUCAAGUCUUCCAUAAUAUUGGGGAUUGUGGCUGACACGUCUUAAGUGACGUAAGAUCAUUCAGACAAGAUCAAAGUCUUAAUCUUGCCAUGACUAUUAAAAAUAUUUGUCACAA